AUGUGCUCCCGUCAGGACAAGGACCAGUGUCACCAGCAAGAACGAUCCUCAUGCCACAGCAGUGAAGGCUGUCAUGGCAGCAGUGGUGGAUCUGGAUGCCAUAGGAGCAGUGGUGGAUCUGGAUGCCACAGGAGCAGUGGUGGAUCUGGAUGCCAUAGGAGCAGUGGUGGAUCUGGAUGUCAUGGCAGCAGUGGUGGAUCUGGUUGCCACAGGAGCAGUGGUGGAUCUGGAUGCCAAGGGAGCAGUGGUGGAUCUGGUUGCCACAGAAGCAGUGGUGGAUCUGGUUGCCAUGGGAGCAGUGGAGGAUCCUGCCAUGGAAUGUCACAGGAUUGCCAACAGCAAAUUUAUCAAGUGUCCUCAAACAUGAAGUGA